AGUAGCAGAGAUUUCUCGAUUCUCAAGCAAAUUAAUAGUUCUCCAUCAUCAUCACCGCAUACAAUACAAGACUGAAAGACAAAGAAGAAGCUUCUAGAAGAAAGAAAUGGUGUUGAUAGAACAAGCACCUUCUGAAGAACCAAAACCAAACUCCAAAACGACGACGUUGAAGGAUUCGUCUGGUGACGUGUCAGAUGGAUACGAGACUGCAAGCGAUACAGAACUGAACGAAACCGAAAAUCGAAGUAAUACGAUCAAUACGGCGUCGUCUUCUUCUAAUACGGAUUUGAAGGAAGAAAAUCAGGAACAAUUGAAUCAGAAAGCCUUGGCUCAAGCAAAUGAUGCAAAAGUUGAUGGCAAUACAUUGUUUAAGGAUGGGCUUUAUGAAGAGGCAUUGUCAAAAUACGAGCUAGCUUUACAAGUUGCAGCAGAUAUUCCUUCAAGUACUGAAAUUCGUUCAAUAUGCCAUGCUAAUCGUGCAGCUUGUUUCUCCAAACUGGGAAAACAUGACGAGACUAUCAAGGAAUGCACAAAAGCAUUAGAACUAAAUCCUACAUAUAUAAAGGCUCUGGUUAGAAGAGCAGAGGCACAUGAAAAGCUUGAACACUAUGAUGAGGCUAUUACUGACAUGACAAAGAUCUUGGAAUUGGAACCCUCACAUGACCAAGCUAGGAGAACUGUGAUCCGUUUAAAGCCAUUAGCUGAUGAGAAGCGAGAAAAGAUGAAAGAAGAGAUGAUUGGCAAGCUCAAAGAAAUGGGAAAUUCCAUUUUGGGCCGAUUUGGUAUGAGCGUUGACAACUUCAAAACAGUUAAAGAUCCAAACACUGGCUCCUACUCAGUUCAAUUUCAGAAGUAAUGAGGGGGUUUCUCAUGUUGGCAAAAUUUGCAUUUCUUCAAUGAAAGAUUUAGGCAUGCUGUUUUUGCACAAUGUUGAAAGAUUUAGGCAUGCUGUUUUUGCACAAUGUAUCAGUCUUGCUUUCAAGUAUGUAAGUUUUGGCCAUAAAUUUGAAAGUUGAUGUCUCUAAAUGCUAAAGCAGAUGGCUCGUAGCCUUGGAGUUUCUAUUAUUGCAUGACCAGUGGAAUGUACAGACCAUCUUAUAUUUGAUGAACUUCAUUUAUCA